AUGUUGGACCUGUCCCUUGGAAGAAAACACAGCGCAUAUGUGUCCACCUCUCUUUCGCUGCCAAUAGCUGUCGACUUCGCUGCCACGAAGGCCAAGCUAAAACAAGGCUGGGUGUAUCGGAUCCGCCCUGCAGCAAACAUGGUCGACAUGCCGAAAUCACUUCACGUGGGUAGGGAAAACGAAGAAGAAGAAUAUUCAGCCUUGGGAGGGAUACGCUUCGAACAGAUCACGGAUGCUCUCAGAAUACCCCUUAGCUUUGGCCGCCGCUCGCAGGUGAAAUAUGAAGACUGGGAGGAUUUGGCCCGCCAAGUGGCAGACUAUUGGAAGAAAAAUCCGUUGCAAGAUGGGACGCCGGCUCAAGCAGAAGCCAAGAAUGGGCAUUGGGUGAACACGGACUACGAUUCGAAAUAUGACCAGGUCCCGGAAAUCACCGGCCACCCACUGCUAGCCGGGCUGAGCAUACCACAGGAAAGACCAUUGCCAACCGAUGAAGCGAAGUGGGAUGCAACCUGGCGGGAAGCACCAUUCAACUCGAUCAAGAUUGAAGACCGAAAGACAGCGCGUGAGUAUGCGAAGGAUUUCAUGGCAGAGAUUGGGGCACCUAAUGGUUGGCUAAAAGACUAUCCAUUGUUUGAGACUCCUGAUCCGUCAAUGGGUGCAAGAGAGCAAGAGGAAAAGGAGGCCAAGGAAAAGGCAGAGAGGGAGGCCAAGGAAAAGGCAGGGAAAGAGGCCAAAGAGAAGGCGGACAGGGAAGCCAAGGAAAAACAGGAGAGAGAAGCCAAGGAGAAGGCAGAUAGGGAGGCCAAGGAGAAGGCAGAGAAAGAGGCCAGGGACGCCCAGGAGAAAGCCGUCGACAACGCCAACAAGCUAGCAGGCAGCUCGGACAGCGGCUCCUGGCUAGGAAAAGUCCUUGGCGGCGCCGCUGCAGGAAUCGGCACUCUGGCGGGCUCGGCUUUCUUGACGAGUGUUGCUGUAGGCGGGACGGCCGCCGGGGGAGCUGUCGGUUCCGGGGGUGUUGCCCUCCUAGGCGCCGCGGAGAGCAUCUCGGUCACGACCUCGGAGGUAGCGGCCGUUGUUGCUGAAGUCGACCCGGAUAUGGCGGUGCAAAUCUUGUUGGAUUCGGUGCCGGCCCCUCCUACGACGCCCCCGAUUCCAGCAGGCCCCGUUGCAGAAGGCCCUCUCCUUGGCAGGCGGCGGACUACCUUGGCGCGUGCCGUGUCGCCGGGGUGGGCAUUCCGGGCUGCUGGGCCGGCUCUGGAAAGGGCCUUUGGAGAUGCUUGUCAGCUUGCUAUUAAAGAAGCUCGUCUUGACAUGGGCAUAUAA